AUGCCAACCCUGGAUGACAUUUUAGAGCAGAUCGGAGAAUUUGACUUCUUUCAGAAACAAACUCUCUUUGUUGUAUGCCUGCUCUCUGCUACCUUUGCUCCCAUUUAUGUGGGGAUUUUUUUCCUGGGGUUCACCCCUGAGCACCAUUGCCGCAGCCUCAGGGUGGCCGAGCUGAGCCAGCGCUGUGGCUGGAGCCUGGAGGAGCAGCUGAAUCACACGGUUCCCGAGUGGGGCGGCCAUGGGGGCGACUUCAGCAGCCGCUGCAGGAGGUACGAGGUGGACUGGAACGCAACUGGCAUCAGCUGCACUGACCCCCUCGGCAGCCUCGUGGGCAACCGGAGCACCGUCCCCCUCGGUCCCUGCCGGGACGGCUGGGUCUAUGACUCCCCAGGGACCACUCUCGUGACAGAGUUUAACCUGGUGUGUGAGGACUCCUGGAAGCUGGACCUCUUCCAGUCAUGUGUGAACGCCGGGUUUUUUAUUGGUUCCGUGAGCAUUGGCUACCUAGCAGACAGGUUUGGCCGCAAGCUCUGCCUCCUGGUCACAGUCUUCAUCAGCGCGGUCUCAGGGGUUCUGAUGGCCUUUGCACCCAGCUACAGCUGGGCAGUGAUCUUCCGCCUGGUACAGGGGCUCGUCAGCAAGGCGGGCUGGCUGACUGGCUACGUCCUCAUUGCAGAAUUUGUUGGCCCAAACUACCGGAGGGCAGCGGGCAUCACUUACCAGCUUGCCUUCACGCUGGGACUCCUCAUCCUCACCGCCCUGGCUUACGCGCUUCCACACUGGAGGUGGCUCCAGCUCACAGUCACACUGCCCAAAUUCUUCUUCUUGCUCUAUUAUUGGUGUCUGCCCGAGUCUCCCAGGUGGCUAAUAGCUCAAAAGCAAAAUGACAAAGCUAUGGAAGUUAUUAAACACAUCGCCAAGGGAAAUAAGAAGAAGUUACCUCUCUCUUUCCAGAAUCUCAGCUCCGAAGAUGAAGAUGGAGAAAAGCCAAAACCUUCAUUUCUAGACCUGGUCAGGACACCUCAGAUCAGAAAACACACGUUUAUUUUGAUGUACAGUUGGUUCACAAGCUCCGUCCUCUACCAGGGGCUCAUCAUGCACAUGGGAAUAGCCGCUGGGAACAUGUACCUGGAUUUCCUCUAUUCUGCUCUUGUCGAGUUCCCAGCUGCCUUCAUCCUCAUGCUAACACUGGAUCGUGUUGGCCAUCGCUACCCCUGGGCUGUGGCAAAUGUGAUGGCAGGUGGUGCUUGCCUCAUCACAGCGUUAGUCCCAGACACUCUUUAUUGGCUUAAAAUGACAGCAGCUUGCUUGGGCAGGAUGGGAAUUACCAUGUGCUAUGAAAUUAUUUGCUUGGUAAAUCCUGAGCUGUAUCCAACAUUUCUCAGGAACCUGGGAGUCCUCGUCUGCUCAUCCAUGUGCGACCUCGGUGGGAUAGUAACACCCUUCCUUGUGUACAGGCUAGCAGAGCUCUGGCACGAACUGCCCCUGGUCAUCUUUGCUGUGAUUGCUUUAAUCGAUGGCUGUUUGGUUUUGCUCCUACCUGAGACGAAGGGAAAGACUCUGCCUGAGACCAUUGAAGAUGCUGAAAAUCUGCACAGGCAAGAGAGAAGCAAAGAAAAAAUGAUUUAUCUUCAUAUUCUGAAUUCAGAACCUGUCCCCAAGUAAGGACCCAUUUUGCCACAAAUCUGCCUCUGUUGGGGCAGGGAGGCAGAAGCAGCCAUAGCAAGCCCAGCCCUCAGCCCCAGAUGCAGUGGAUGAGCCAGACCAACGUGGUGACCUUGUCCCCACUGCACUCCCAGCUGCCAGCAGUCUGCGGCUCAGGGACUUCCUGAGCCAGAGGUCAUCUGCCCACAUUUCUGCUUCAGUCCCCUGUGGACCAUCCUUCCGCAAAUUUUUCUCUUUGCCUUCUGAACACAUUCAUACUUCUGGCAAUCCAGGGCAUCUGGCAGCAAUGACUUGUACGGCUUGAUUGGGAAAAUCAUGAAGGAACACUUUCUGCUGCUUGUUGUAGAACUAAAAUUCUCGUCAGGCUGCUCACUCACAGCUCAUCUCUGCAGCGAGCAGGAGUGCGCUCCUGAGCCCAACCCACCUCCUCCAAGCUACAACUGGUUCUGCAUGAAAGCAAGCAUGUAGGCAGUAGUGAAUUAACUGCCAAAAUUCCCCCUUAGACCCCUUAAAAUCUGGGUUCUGUCAGUCGGUCUAUGACUCCUGAUGCCCAGCAGAUCAGAUUCGUGAGACAGCUCCUGCUGCCCGGCAGCGAGCACCGCUGCUGCAGAGCCAACUUCAGGAGCCCUGGGCACCCGCAAGCCCCUCUGCCCUCCCUGUUUGCUCCUCUUCUUCCAGAGAAAUAAGUAUGAAAAAGAAGCACUUCUAAGACCAGACUGGCUUUUAAGCUUUGGCAUCUCAGAAUUUGGCUGCAUAUUUGGCAAGCUGGAAAGCAAAAAGGAGGGUGAAGAGGAGUUGGAGGCAGCGAAGCCUCAGGACAUGGAGGUGGGGGGGCUGUGUGCAACUACGAUUUUGUUAAGGAUCAGUAACGGGACAGGGGGACAAAGCAGCACCACGGCCACCCACCAGGAGCAGCACGAACACUAACAGGACACUAUGCCCUGCAUAUUAAAGCAUACCCAUGUUUGCGUACAUGCAGUGGGCUUACUGAUGCCAUGAGUUUGUUUUUUUACAUGGUCAACUCCAAAACAGCUGUAAGGGGUAAGGGCUGACACAAGGGGGAAAGAUGAGCCAAAAUAGGAUAUGGUUUUUUAAGUAGAUCUCCCUCGAUAACAUGAAAUUCACUGCUCUAGAGCUUUUGAAGGUUGAGGGGUCAUCUGCACAGCCCUUGGAAAGCAUUUAAAAUGUGAUUCACGCAAUAUUCAUCAACUUGUGUAUAUUCUCUGGAUUUGGGUUUGUCUCCUGACCAGUGCCAGUUCUGGGAAAAGGCCCUAUUUCUUCAUAUUUUAAAACAUUUACAGAAUGUAGGAUCACACAGUGCCAUACAGUAGGGAUGGGAUUGGAGCAAGUUGCAAAUAAAAGCUAGCACAUGCAUCUUUUGAUCAUAUGAUAAACAGGAGAACUGGAAACCACAUGAACUUUGCACUGGCCUGUAGGGUGUGAUUUUCCAGCAAUUCUUGAACACAUGCACACAAGAACACCUUGAUAAAACAACCAUGUUAAGAUUACAGCUUGCAGACAAGAAGCUUUAACAACCUUCUGAUACAUCACAGAGGCUUUGGACACAUUUGAUGGCACAAAAUUAACACUGGAGUCUCCAAAUAACAACUAUGUUCAGGUGGUGGUGGUGGUUGUAUAUCGGUGCUGAGGGCAGGGGACAAAAACAGUGCUUAGAAGGUGCUGCCCUGGACCACAACUGCAGCCAGUCUGUCCAUCAGAUGAUGCCAGGGAGAACACCAGAAACUUUGUAAAAGUAAUGGAGCAAUGCUUUCCAAAACCCAGUUAUUGAAGGUUGGUCGGUACCCUGAAACAUGGAGAUUUUAUAUUCUCUUCAGGCACAGUCCUUACACAGUCCAGUUCUAAGUAGCUGGGUGAGGAACAGGAUCUUCUUAAAAGGCCAGUGACGCUUUCAUUAACCUGGGCACGGCCCAGUCCAGGUGCUCCCUGGGUUCCCUGAGCCAGACAAUGGUCAGGCACUGAAAUGCUCCUUCCCAAGCUCCAGGGACAGCCCUGCCCCUGAGCUGGUUAGCUCCAGCAGCCCCAGGAGCAGACAAGCUUCAGCUGCUAUUAAGGGGAAGAGAAUCUGGCAAACUGUUGUUUUAUCUACAGCAGGACUUGAACUCGUCUCACACCCCAGAGGAGAUCCACUCCUACGGCAUUCCCAGGACAAAAGGCUUUCUGCAUUUUGAGAGCAACCACGUGCAGUUGGACCAUAUCUGAGAUGUUUCAUUGACUUCCCAACUCCAAGCAGCAACCCCUGAAUGGACAAGGUCACCAGCAAGGAAACUGAAGUACAUUUGCCCUUGUGCUCACUGAAGUGCCACCAGAAGCAAACGCCAUUAUAACUUGUAGGUGACUGAGAAGCAAAGGCACACCAGAGCCUGCCCUGUCUGUAGCUCCUUCUGUAGUUACUCAUUUAUCCAGCCCAGUAUUUGCUGUGCUUGACUUCUCGCCGCCUCCCUCAUUUUCUUUCUGCAGAGCUUUCAACAAUUUUCAAAUCAAUGCACUAUAAUAAAGACAGCUGUUCUGACAGAUUUCUUUUGUUGCGGAGCAGAGACAUCUCUGCAGCCACAGCAGGAUGCCAGCCCCACAGGACAUGUAAUUACAUCCCCACUGUCCCUCCUGCCCAUCUCAGGACCAGCUUGUUCCCCUCUGACCCCAAAGCAACACUUUUGCAACUGCCUGGGCCAAAGUCACAUCAUUCCCGAUCUGUCACUACUCUUGUCAGAGCAACCUCAUCAUGGCCCUGCUUGACUGGACAACAUGCUUCCCUGCUUUUGAGGCCCUCGCAGCAACACUGAACAUUAACUGGCUCAGGCCAGUUGAAAGCAAGGGCAAGGUCACCAUACUGCCACACUGGGAAGCAAUCCUUGGGGAACUUCACCCUGUCUGUGUCCAGCAAUGCUUUGCUCAGCUGGGAGAUCUCUCACUGCAGAUGAUCAUUAAAGGGCAGCAUUAUCCUGUGCCCUGCUUAUAGCAUCCUUUUCGAAACCAGCGUUGUGCAGCAGUGCCUGGGACCAGCAACACAGACAGUGAAGGGGAGCCACAGUACCAUUGUGCCUGUUCUCCUCUGCAAACACGAGCCUGUUAUGUUUGCUCAAUGGGAUGGACUAGGAGAUUUGUGAAAGGUGCUGGAUAUUCCCUGGAAGACCCAGUGUUGUCCCUAAUUCUCCCUGAGGCACUGGAUCGCUGGCCAAAACCCUGGUCAGAGUCCUGCAGGUCCCCAAGCCUGAGCCCAGCCCAGCCCAGCCCAGUCCAAAGGGGGAACCCUGCAGGGCUGCUCCCCCCAAACACUUAGAGAUACAGCUUUGUCUUCAGCCUCCAGUAGAGCAGGACUCUGGUGGACUCUCAGUCCCUCCCCUGGCAGCUGUCAUUCCCAACUGGAGUCUCAACACAUACUUUAUAAUAAUAUUCUGCACGCUGGUGCAUGUACAUGCCCUGGUUCCAUGACAGAGGUAGAUCUGUUAUAUUCUGCUGCCCCUUCAGAAGACAAAACAAAGUCAGACUUCAUGGCGGCUUAUAAAGUUAUGUUGCAACAGAACCCACCAUCCCCAAGUUGACAUUUGUCACCAUGUUGAGGUAUACACAGCUGGUAUGAAAAUUUAUCUUACUGUGGACAGAGAGGGAAGCAGCUAUGCAGGAAUAGGGACAAUCCCACCAGAAAACCCUAAACAUUGUAAAUAAUGGAAAGGCAGACAAAAAAA